ACUCCUCCCUCCACCCCCUCCCCUGACUCCUCCACCCCUUCCCCUGACUCCUCCACCCCCUCUCCUUCCCCUGACACCUCCUCCACCCCCUCCCCCUCCCUCUCUUCCCCCUCCCCAACCCCCCCGAAGGAAUGCCAAUACUCAGACUUCACCCCGAGUCACACGGCUCUCCUCCCCGAGAAACCCGAGUGUCAGAUACACAAGGACGACCUGUCCGAGGAGGAGAAGGAGCAGAUCCUCCAACUCCACAACGAGCUAAGGGCAAAGGUGGCGCGCGGGGAGGAGCUAAGGGGAGCCCCUGGACCCCAACCACCUGCGGCCGAUAUGAGAGAGCUGGUUUGGAACGAUGAGUUAGCACUGGUGGCGCAGGCGUGGGCGUCCCAGUGCCCGUACGGCCACGACGACUACCCGCAGCGACGGAUCUGCUCUCGAGACUACGAGGUUGGGCAGAAUAUUCACUACUAUUGGGGUUACGCUCCUGAGCCGGACUGGCCCCGGGCAGUGAACUCGUGGUACGACGAGGUGGCCGACAUGCCCAGGGAGGUCGCUGCUGACUUCAAGAAACAGCCAAGCGCCGAGAUCGGGCAUUAUACGCAGGUCGUCUGGGCUUCCACGCAUGAGGUGGGUUGUGGCAUCAUCUACUACUUGACGGAGAAAAAGGGCAAGAUGUUCCCUGCGAGUAAAACGUACGUGUGCAACUACGGAGGAAGCGGGAAUAUAAGGAACCGGCCUUUGUAUACCGAGGGCCCCGCCGCUACCGCCUGUCCGAAUGGGACGUCUUUAACGUACCCUGAUCUGUGUCUGUAAUUUUUUUUUUUUUUUUUUUUUUGUAUCUUUUUUCAUAUAUGUCUUUCUUUCUUUGUCUUUCUUGAUCUCGCUUUUGCUUGCUUUUGAUCUCGGUCUUGUUCUUUCUCUCUUGUUCUCUUGCU